GAGCUGAUAACCAAGAUUGACACCAUGGUGAAGGAAAAUGGAGGCAGCUGCUACACUAAUGAGCUGCUGCAAGAGGCUGAAGCAUCGAUAAAGAAAGAAAUGGAGAGAAUCCUGAAGGAGAAGGAAGAAGAGAUGAAUAGAGAGAGGGAGGAGCUUGAAAUAAAACAAGAGGGAGAAAUGAAAGAAAUGAAAAGAAGAAUGGAAGAACAGAGAGCAGAAAUAGAAAAGGAGAGAAAACUGAGAGCAAAACAACUUGAAGAAAAGGAGGAAAACAUAAAAAAAGAGCGUGAGAAGAGAAAGAAAGAACAGGAAAUAAGAGAAGAAGAAGACCAGAAGAGAAAACAACAGGAAGAAAUUCAACAACAGGAGUGGAAACAGAAAGUUGAAGCUUUGGAGGAAAAAAUAAAAUCAGAGUCAGAAUCAAAGGAAACCAUUGAUAGAAAGCUGGAGGAGAGCAGAGAAGAGAUGAGAAAAGAACGAGAGAACUGGGAGAAACAACAAAAAGAAUGGUGGGAAAAACAAAAUGAAGACAAUGAACAGAGACAAGAGGAGGAACAAACAAGACUGAAAAAGCUUCAAGAAGAAUACGAACAGGAAAGAGAAAACGAUAGAAAGAAAAGAAAAGAAGAGGAUCGAAUCAGAAGAGAACAAGAGGAAAAAGAGAAAGAAGAACAGAGAGCAGAAAUUGAAAAGGAGAGAAAACUGAAAGAAAAACAACUUGAAGAAAAGGAGGAAAACAUCAAAAAGGAACGUGAGGAGAGAAAGAAAGAACAGGAAAUGAGAGAAGAAGAAGACAGGAAGAGAAAACAACAGGAAGAAAUUCAACGACAGGAGUGGAAACAGAAAGUUGAAGAUUUGGAGGAAAAAAUAAAAUCAGAGUCAGAGCAAAAGGAAAUCAUUAAUAGAAAACUGGAGGAGAGCAGAGAAGAGAUGAAAAAAGAACGAGAGAACUGGGAGAAACAACAAAAAGAAUGGUGGGAAAAACAAAAUCAAGAAAAUGAAAAGAAACAACAGGAGGAAGAAACAAAACUUAGAAAACUUCAAGAAGAAUACGAACAGGAAAGAGAAAAUGAUAAAAAGAAAAGAGAAGAAGAGGAUCGAAUCAGAAGAGAACAAGAGGAAAAAGAAAAAGAAAAGCAGAGAGCAGAAAUUGAAAAGGACAGAAAACUGAGAGAAAAACAACUUGAAGAAAAAGAGGAAAAAAUCAAAAAGGAACGUGAGGAGAGAAAGAAAGAACAGAAAAUGAGAGAAGUAGAAGACAGGACGAGAAAACAACAGGAAGAAAUUCAACGACAGGAGUGGAAACAGAAAGUUGAAGCUUUGGAGGAAAAAAUAAAAUCAGAGUCAGAAUCAAAGGAAACCAUUGAUAGAAAGCUGGAUGAGAUUAGAGAAGAGAUGAGAAAAGAACGAGAGAAUGAAGAGAAAAAACAAAAAGAAUGGUGGGAAAAACGAUAUCAACAAGAUGAAAAGAAACGACAGGAGGAACAAACAAAACUGAAAAAACUUCAAGAAGAAUACGAACAGGAAAGAGAAAACUAUGAAAGGAGAAGAAAAGAAGAGGAUCAAAUCAGAAGAGAACAAGAGGAAAAAGAGAAAGAAAAACAGAGAGCAGAAAUUGAAAAGGAGAGAAAACUGAGAGAAAAACAACUUGAAGAAAGGGAGGAAAAAAUCAAAAAGGAACAUGAGGAGAGAAAGAAAGAACAAGAAAUGAGAGAAGAAGAAGACAGGAAGAGAAAACAACAGGAAGAAAUUCAACGACAGGAGUGGAAACAGAAAGUUGAAGCUUUGGAGGAAAAAAUAAAAUCAGAGUCAGAAUCAAAGGAAACCAUUGAUAGAAAGCUGGAGGAGAGCAGAGAAGAGAUGAGAAAAGAACGAGAGAACUGGGAGAAACAACAAAAAGAAUGGUGGGAAAAACAAAAUCAAGAAAAUGAAAAGAAAAAACAGGAGGAACAAACAAAACUUAGAAAACUUCAAGAAGAAUAUGAACAGGAAAGAGAAAAAUAUGAAAAGAAAAGAAAAAAAGAGGAUCGAAUCAGAAGAGAACAAGAGGAAAAAGAAAAAGAAAAACAGAGAGCAGAAAUUGAAAAGGAGAGAAAAAUGAUCGAAAAACAACUUGAAGAAAAGGAGGAAAACAUCAAAAAGAACGUGAGGAGAGAAAGAAAGAACAGGAAAUGAGAGAAGAAGAAGACAGGAAGAGAAAACAACAGGAAGAAAUUCAACGACAGGAG